AGAUACUGAACGGAUGUCUGAAGUUGAGCAACGUUUAGGUGUUUUGGAGAAAGCUGCUCGUGUGAAGCUCGAGGAGAGAAGCGUGAGGAGGUCGAGACGGGGACGGGGGGAUUCAGAAACAGGAUGGGCGACGCCAAGAGGAGCACUCGUCCUUCGUAGAGCGGACACGCGCUCCAGACCACGGGAGCAGCGCGGCUGCAGAAGAAUGUGCUGCCUCGACAUCAAAGAGAAGAGGAGGUCGAUGCGACCCGUCUUCACAAUCUUCUGGCUGUGUCUGCUGUUCAGCCUCAUACCCCCGGGGACGGGGUAUUUCCUGGGGGACAGCAAAGCAGUCCUGACCGCUUGCGGUGAGUACUGGACCCUACAGGACCACACCUUACUGCCCCUGCUGUUCCACAUGACCGUGUGCGUUCACGUCCGCGUGGUCACCCCCGGGUCCUGGGUGGCCUUCUCCUACAGCUCCCCUCGGGCCCCCCACCCCGACCUGGGCCUGGAGGGGGACGCGGGGGCCCUGUACGGCUGGCUGCUGGGCGUCCGACACCGCUUCCCCAUCGCCCUCUCACCCGCACAGUGGCACAGGGUGUGUCUGAGGAGGGAUGUUUUGGGGGACCGCUUCAGUCUGAAGGUGAACAGCAGUCUGGUGGCUGAAAGGACGGUCAUCGCUCAGGCCAUUCCUCCCGGCGGCUCUCUCAGAUUGGGCUGUCGCUCCAGGAACAUGGUCACUGGGAACGUGAUAGGCCAGCUAGAGCUGUAUAUGUUCCGAGUGUGGGCGGACCUUAUGGACCACGAGCCCUGUGAGGACGGCUCUGUGAUUGGCUGGGACUCACGGCUGUGGGGAGUGACCAGUGGGAAGGCGAUGAAAAGGGAUGUCGGUCUGCUGUGUGGUGACCACAGACGGGUGAGACGAGAUGUUGGUGACAAUCUGUCUGCCAGUACUGUAGGGCAGGGAAGAGACUUGCCUCCAACCAGCACCAUCACAACUGCGCCCUCAACUACGAUAGAUCCACCAACAGCCAGCAUUCCAUCAAUAAUAGCAUUAACCAAUCACAGUUCAGUUUAUGACCCAACCAACACCAAUUUCACACCAGCUUCUGCAACAGUCACUUCAACCCUGACAGCUAAUGGAAUCACAGAACUCAUCACAGCUAGUCCUGAAGCCACACCCCCACCUGACUCAACCCUGCCCCCUAAGGCCAGCUCAGAUAAUCUCCUAUCAACUGCUACGAAAACCACCCCCCCACCCACAUCGCCAACCCUGCCCCCUAUGUCCAGCUCAGCCAAUCAGAUCACAGCUAGCACUGAAACCUCACCGCCACCCACAUCGUCAACCCUGCCCUCUACAACCAAGUCAGCCAAUCAGAUCUCAGCUAGCACUGAAACCCCACCCACAUCGUCAACCCUGCCCCUUACAACCAAGUCAGCCAAUCAGAUCUCAGCUAGCACUGAAACCCCACCCCCUCCCGCAUUGUCAACCCUGCCCCCUACAACCAGAUCAGCCAAUCAUAUCACAACUAGCACUGAAACCCCAACUACAUUGUCAACCCUGCCCCCUACAACCAAGUCAGCCAAUCAGAUCACAGCUAGCACUGAAACCCCAACUACAUUGUCAACCCUGCCCCCUACAACCAAGGCAGCCAAUCAGAUCUCAGCUAGCACUGAAACCCCACCCCCUCCCAUAUUGUCAACCCUGCCCCCUAUGACCAGCUCAGCCAAUAACAUCUCAGCUAGCACUGAAACCCCGCUCCCACCAGUAUUGUCAACCCUGCCCCCUACAACCAGGUCAGCCAAUCAGAUCUCAGCUAGCACUGAACCCCCACCCCCUCCCGUAUUGUCAACCCUGCUCCCUAUGACCAGCUCAGCCAAUAACAUCUCAGCUAGCCCUGAAACGACACCCCCACCAGUAUCGUCAACCCUGCCCCCUACAACCAGAUCAGCCAAUCAGAUCUCAGCUAGCACUGAAACCCCUCCCCCUCCAGUAUCAUCAACCCUGCCCCCUACGACCAGCUCAACCAAUUAUCUCUCAGCUAGCACUGAAACCCCACCCCCACCCACAUCGUCAACCCUGCCCCCCACAACCAAUUCAGCCACUUUUAUUCAAAGUCCUUAUUUCUCCACCACACCUCCAACAUCGAUAACAACAAUGUCAACAGAGUCUCCACUGGUGCACUGCAACCUCACACAGCUCUGCUCCAAUCAGACAGCCUUCUAUUGGGUGCUGAUUGACGUCGAGGCCACAGGAGCCAAUAAGAGCGAGGCAGACAUCCUAAACUGGGUGGCUGGUCUGUUUACAACCGGAGCCUGUGGGCUGGGCUCGGGGUCUGCCAACGCCAGCGUGACUCCUGGGUCCUCAUCAGGAGAGAGUCUGCUGAUGUGCCAGGGACACAUGCAGGGGAUGGAGGUGACCUGUGACAAAAAACAAGACAUAAGGAGAUCUAACUGCAGUGUGCUGCUGCAGCUCAGCCAGACGGUCUCUGUCUGCAGUGUGAAGGCAGCUCUGCAGAGGGGCGGGGCUGGGGUGCAGGUGACAGUCCUGGGGGAGGUGGAGAGAGUUGGGCGUGGGUUGUGUAUGGACACGGCGCCCUCUAACGGAGGGUUUGUGAAGUGCACCUCGUCCUCUCCUCUGGAAGACGUCUGUCAAACAGACACACACACCGACCUCACUUGCUCGCUACUCGACCCAGGAUCUCGUCCAGAGCACUCAUACGUACCGCCCAAUCAGUCCUGCGAGCGCAACAUGGAACAACAAACCUGCAACUGUUCUUUUUUCUGCAACAACCCAAGCGGCUUGUAUGCCUUCAGCAUCAACAUCACCAGUCCCAACAUCACGGCCAGUCACAUAGAAACCAUGAUGUCCAACCUCAAUAAAGUCUCACCCUGCAACAACCUACCACUGUCGUUGUGUGAAGGAUAUUCUUUGGUUUCAAGGCUCUAUCAGGCAGUUCACCUGGAGUGCCAUGGAACAGACAUUAGGUUGUACAGCUGUAUGGUCUUGCUGCAGUUGUCUGAGCCUGUGCAGGAUAUAUGUAGCUUUACUGACGUUAUUAAGUCACUCCUCAACAACAACCCAAACAUCAUAUACGAUAGACCUGUGAUGCGCAUGGUGCUGUGUGGCUCCCUUGGUGUACUGAAUAGCAAACUGACCUGGGGCUACACCCCCCUCAGCUACGCUCAGAUGUGCCAGUCACCCCCCCUGCUGCCCUGUCAAAAAGGAGAGACUCUUGCUAUGCUCCUGACGGACAGCUGCCUUGGCCCUCCCCCUGAUCCUGUCUCAGCCAAUCCCAGCCCACAGCCCACAUUCACCAAGCCUAAUUCUGAGAAUGCUACAACUAGCAAGAAUGCAGACAGGACCAGCAUAUCUCCCAUGGAGAUCACCCCCCUGAAACCAGCUAACACAACACAGCAACCUGCUACGCACACUGAGGCAUCAAAGCUCAACACAACACAGUUGCCCACUGCUUCCGCCAGCAUGACUACAAGCACCAACUCUCCAUUCCAAUUAAACACAACAGGUUAUAGAUCAACUUCUCCCCCUGACAACACAGCAAGUACCCCUGACAACACAACAACUACCCCUGACAACACAAGUACUACCCCUGGCAACACAACAGCUACCCGUAACAACACAACAACCGCCCCUCGCAACACAACACUACAACUACACAGCACAACUUCUACCCCUGACAUCACAACGCCUACCCCUGGAAACACAACACUACAACUACACAGCACAACUUCUACCCCUGACAUCACAACGCCUACCACAACAUUUCACAACACAACAACCACCCCAGACAAAACAACAGUAAACAACACAGCAACGACCCCUGACAACACAACACCUCAUGAAACAAAUUCUACACCUGACAACACAACAGCUACCCCCAACAACACAACAACUACCCCUGACAACUCAACACUCUCAAGCACAAAUUCUACCCCUGACAUCAUAACCUCCACUGCUGGCAAUACAACAAUUACCCCUAGCAACACAACCUUGCCCAACACAACUUUUACACCUGACAACACUUCAACCACCCUUUACAACACAACUAUCCCUGACAACACAACACUACACUUCACAACCACUACCCCGGACAACACAACACAUGACAAUAUAACUUCGACCCCUGGUAACACAACAACCACCCCUGACAAUUCAACACUUUCAAGCACAACUUCUACCACUGAUAACAUAACUUGGACUCCUGGCAACACAACAAUCACCCCUAGCAACAUAAUACAGCAAAACACAACUACCCCUGGAAAUACAACAAUUACCCCAGGCAACACAACAGCUAGCUCUGACAACACAACAGCUACCCCAGGCAACACAACAAUUACCCCAAACAACUCAACAGCUAGCCCUGGCAACGUAACAAUUAUCCCAGGAAACACAACAGCUAGCCCUGACAACACAACAGCUACCCCAGGCAACACAACAAUUACCCCAAACAACUCAACAGCCAACCCUGGCAACACAACAGCUACCCCAGGCAACACAACAAUUAACCCAAACAACUCAACAGCUAGCCCUGGCAACGCAACAAUUAUCCCAGGCAACACAACAGCUAACCCUGACAACACAACAGCUACCCCAGGCAACGCAACAAUUAUCCAAGGAAACACAACAGCUAGCCCUGACAACACAUCAGUUCCCCCAGGCAACACAACAAUUACCCCAAACAACUCAACAGCUAGCCCUGGCAAUGUAACAAUUAUCCCAGGAAACACAACAGCUAGCCCUGACAACACAACAGCUACCUCAGGCAACACAACAAUUACCCCAAACAACUCAACAGCCAACCCUGGCAACACAACAGCUACCCCAGGCAACACAACAAUUACCCCAAACAACUCAACAGCUAGCCCUGGCAACGCAACAAUUAUCCCAGGCAACACAACAGCUAACCCUGACAACACAACAGCUACCCCUGGCAACGCAACAAUUAUCCAAGGAAACACAACAGCUAGCCCUGACAACACAUCAGUUACCCCAGGCAACACAACAAUUACCCCAAACAACUCAACAGCUAGCCCUGGCAACGUAACAAUUAUCCCAGGAAACACAACAGCUAGCCCUGACAACACAACAGCUACCCCAGGCAACACAACAAUUACCCCAGACAACUCAACAGCUAGCCCUGGCAACGCAACAGCUACCCCAGGCAACACAACAAUUACCCCAGACAACUCAACAGCUAGCCCUGGCAACGCAACAAUUAUCCCAGGAAACACAACAGCUAGCCCUGACAACACAACAGCUACUCCAGGCAACAAAACAAUUACCCCAAAAAACUCAACAGCUAGCCCUGGCAACAUAACAAUUAUCUCAGGAAACACAACGGCUAGCCCUGACAACACAACAACUACCCCUGGCAACGCAACAGCUACCCCAGGCAACACAACAAUUACCCCAGACAACUCAACAGCUAGCCCUGGCAACGCAACAAUUAUCCCAGGAAACACAACAGCUAGCCCUGACAACACAACAGCUACUCCAGGCAACAAAACAAUUAGCCCAAAAAACUCAACAGCUAGCCCUGGCAACAUAACAAUUAUCUCAGGAAACACAACGGCUAGCUCUGACAACACAACAACUACCCCUGGCACCACAACAGCUACCCCAGGCAACACAACAAUUACCCCAAACAACUCAACAGCUAGCCCUGGCAACGCAACAAUUAUCCCAGGCAACACAACAACUAGCCCUGACAACACAACAGCUACCCCAGGCAACGCAACAAUUAUCCAAGGAAACUCAACAGCUAGCCCUGGCAACGCAACAAUUAUCCGAGGCAACACAACAGCUAGCCCUGACAACACAACAGCUACCCCAGGCAACACAACAAUUACCCCAAACAACUCAACAGCUAGCCCUGACAACACAACAGCUACCCCAGGCAACACAACAGCUAGCCCUGACAACAUAACAGCUACCCCAGGCAACACAACAAAUGCCCCUGGCAAAACAACAACUAGCCCUGGCAACACAACAGCGACCCCAGGCAACACAACAAUUACCCCAAACAACUCAACAACUAGCCUUGGUAACACAACAACUAGCCCUGGCAAUACAACAGCUACCUCUGGCAACACAACAAUUACCCCUGUUAACACAACACUACACAACACAACUUCUAUGCCUGACAACACAACCGGAUACACCACAAAAGGUCCUGACAACAGAACAGACAACACAACAAUUCCCAAUAGUGCAUCAUUUUACAACACAACAUUUUACCCCAGUAGUGCAACCGUAAACUACACAACUGAUACCCCUGGCAAUACCACUGUUAAUGGAAACCACACCCCCACCACCAUAUCUGUGUCUGACAACAGCUCAGUCACAACAACCGCCCAAACCAGCCAAAACACAACGACAGUGACCGCUGAUGUCCCCAUCUCCAACCCCAACACAACAGCUGACUUUAACUCCAGCAUCAACACAACCACAGUCGCCCCUUCAUCUACUAUUUACAACCCUAUCAGGCCCACAGACGCUGACAUCAGCCCCAACGCAACCACUGCUGUCCCGAUCAUUAACCCGAACACAACCAGAGAACCUCUCCAAACAACUCCGUCCAAAAAUGUCUCGGAACCAACCAGAACCUCAACCACACCCAAGACAGCCAUAAUCCUUCCCACCACAGCCACACCUCCGCCCACUACAGUAACAACUGCAACCAGUACAACCAAGACUCCCCCCACUAUUGUCACAGCUCCACCCACCACCGUCUCAGCCACACCCACUACAGCCACAGCCCCGCCCACCUCGGGCGGUACAGCGCAGGAACAGGAAGCAGACCAGCUGUCUCAGAUGACUCAGGGCCAGCUCAACUCCUCCCAGGUGGAGCUGGUGGUGAGCAGGCUAGAGCAGCUUCUGCAGGGUCCUAGUGUCUCCAAGUCGGUGGGACAGAAGGCCCUCACAGUCAUCAGCAACCUGAUGGUUGCCGACCCCACAGCCAUUUCAGCUUCUGCUAACAGGUUGGUAAAAGCUGUGGACAGUCUUGGGCUGAAGCUGGACUUUGAAGGGAACAGCGGGGUCCUGUCGACUGCCUCUCUGGCUCUAGCUGUCACCAGAGUGGAUGGGACCAGCUUCCAGGGAGCCUCCUUUAGCAUCUCCAGUCCUAAUAGCCUGCAGGUGAGCGCGGGUGGGCGGUCCAAGAGGUCUGUGUCUCCUAUGGGAUCUGUGUCUCUGCCCUCCUCCCUGACUGAAGGCCUGAGUCCUCAGGAACAGCUGCUGGCCAACAGAGUCCAGUUCACAUUCUACCAGAAUGCCAAUCUCUUCCAGGACAGAGGUCUGGGCAAGCGGAAGGUCAUCAGUCCUGUUCUGGGCUCCAGUGUGGCCAACCUGUCAAUCAGUGGACUGAGAGAAAACAUCAAGUUCACCCUGAGAAACACCGACCCCCCUGGAAACUUCACGGCUUCCUGUGUGUUCUGGGACUUCACUCUGAAUGACUUUGCAGGGGGAUGGAACUCUACUGGCUGCUCUCUGGUCAACACCACAGACGAAGACACCACCUGUAGUUGCAAUCACCUCACCUCCUUUGCUAUACUGCUGGACCUGUCUCAACACACGGACCAGGGUGUCAGGGACAAGCAGCAGGCUCUCAUCCUAACCUUCAUCACCUACAUCGGCUGUGGCCUCUCAGCCAUCUUCCUGUCCGUCACCCUGCUGACCUACCUCUCCUUCCAGAAGUUGCGUCGCGACACCCCCUCCAAGAUCCUGAUCCAGCUGUGUCUGUCCCUCCUCCUGCUCAACCUGCUCUUCCUAUUGGACGGCUGGCUCGCCCUCUACCCCGCCACGGGCCUGUGCACCAGCACUGCCUUCUUCCUGCACUACUUCCUGUUGACUUCGUUCACCUGGACGGGGCUGGAGGCGCUCCACAUGUACCUGAGCGUCGUGAGGGUGUUCACGCCCUACCUCAGCAGAUACAUGCUCAAGCUCUCCCUGCUGGGCUGGGGACUCCCCCUUGUGGUAGUUGUCGUGGUGAUAGCGGUGGACAAGGACAAUUAUGGUAUAGUGACAUAUGGAAAAUACACAGACGGCUCAACGGAUGACUUCUGCUGGAUCCGGAACACCCUAGUGUUCUACGUGGGUGUGGUGGCCUACUUCCUGUUGGUGUUUGUGCUGAGCGUGGUGGUGUUCAUCGUUGUGAUGGUGCAGCUGGCACGGGUCAAGAAGCAGAACCCCCAGAACGUGGCACCCAACAGGGGCCUGAUGUCCGACCUGCGCAGCAUCGCCGGCCUCAUCAUCCUGCUGGGCCUCACCUGGGGCUUUGCUCUGUUCGCCUGGGGAGACCUCUACCUGCCCUUCAUCUACCUCUUCACCAUCUUCAACUCCUUGCAGGGCUUCUUUAUCUUUGUGUUCCACUGUGCUGUGAAGGACAGUGUUCGGAAGCAGUGGAGAACUUUCCUCUGCUGUGGGAGGCUGCGAUUGGCUGAGAACUCAGACUGGAGUCGCACAGCAACCCACCGCGUCAAGCAGCAGUCUGUAACCUCGGCAACCAACGUUCCUCUAAACUCCCCCUCUCAAAGCCCCUCCCUCAUUAGUGAUGCGACCACCAAUGGCAGUGACAGUGGGAUCUCUGAGACUUCCAACAGAGACGUUAUUCUGAACAACAUCCAAACGCAGGGCCAGUCCACACCAUCAGGCGGCACCUACAGUAGCGCCCGCUGGAUGUGAAUAUGCACUAAUGAGUGACAGCUGGUCCUGUAGAAAUAUGACAACACUACCAUACCGCCUUACAGUUGCCUGGCUUACAUGGGCACAAUGCUUAGAAUGUGAUGGUGUUGAUCCCCACACAUCUGUUUCUGUCUCUAUUGAUCAUAGAAGAUGUAUAUUCAGCAACAGAUGCCCUUCUUAAAGUGACAGCAUCUAAAAAAGAUUCUGUGAAAGUGACAUUUUUUGGAUUGAAAAACACAGAAAGUUAAAGGACAAACGAUCAAGAAUAGUUGGAUAGUUAGAUUAUAGUUUUAUACUCCUAAAAGAUAUGGACUGCACACUGAUAGCUGGGAUAAAAAUGUACACUGUUUAUGUCAGGACCCACACAACCAGUGCCGACAGUUUUGUCCUGAGAGAAAAUAUAAGUAUUAUUUAACAAAUCAGCCAUGAUGUACAUUUGUGUACAUUUACCAAUGUACAGAAUGUUAUAUACAUAUAUCUAGAUAUUUAAAUAUAGUUUCAAGUACUUGUAUAAUAAAAGGAUUGUACAAAGUUUUGCAAUGUUAUGUAUAUAAUCAAGUUGUUAAGAAAUCCUGAGGACUGGAUUGUCGCCUAACACACGGAGAGUCUAAAAACAGCUUGUGCAAAAACCUGUCAAACUUGUUUCAGUGAGUGGUUCGGGAAUGAGCUUCUAAAUCACGCCUCUGGGUAAAGCUUCAAUGCCUCUUCCCAUCUCAUAACCUUCAGCAAGGUACCCCACACCCACUCUCACAUUACCCAAACCCUUGCAGACAGAGAAGCGAUGGAUGGCUGUUGACAGGUUGUUUAACUAGCAGCCCCCCCCCCAAAAAAAAAAAUACUAGUGGAUAUCAAAAAACAAGUUUGACACCCUGAAACUGUAAUUGAAGUUCACACGCUUGAUGAGAAAAUAUUGGCUCUUACAGUCAUAUUGUAUUCAGGACAGAGGAGAGGGUUGUGGAAAUAUUUUGAGGCUCAAUGGGUUUCCCAUGCUAUCCAGCAGGUGUCAGUGUUCACCCAUGUAUCAUCAACAGCUCCUCAUUGUGGGGUCCUAAGAGGAUUUUAAGUAGCACAACAGGGGGUCCACAAUUAUAGCCACAUUUCAGUUAGAGUUUCAGUUGGCGUUUCAGUUGGAGUUUCAGUUAAACAUUCUAAUGUGUUGUUCAGCACAUUCAAGUAAAGCCCCUUGAUUACAAAUUGUACAGCUCACUGAGAAGGUCAGAGGUCGUAUUAUACAUACUUUCACGGAAAGGUUUUUUGCCGGAAAUAAUACCUGUUUACCUGAGUUUUGAGAAUCCUAAUCUUCUUACUUCAACUACAGCGACGUCAAUAGCUAGCGUUAAACACGUUUUUUCGCUGUCUCACUAGAGUUGAAUGAAGCUGGUUAUUGGCUGGAAAAUAACCUCCUGAGAUUCUAUCCACCUCUGACACCAAUCCAAACCGGAUUCAAAGGACAGAUUGUCAAGCAUGAGAAAAAAAACAACCUUGAUGUCAACUUUUCCACCUCAGCAAGCUGUGCAUUCCCAGGAGACUUCCACGGUCACUGUCUCCGUCUUAAAAGAAAAUAAUACAGAUUACGUUUUCCUCCAAAGCUCAUUAACAGGGGAUUGAUCUACUAACCCUGCUUUGACAGAGGGUUAUUCUCUCAGGACUAUGUUAUCAUUGGACGUCAAUAAUUCAGCUUGAAGGGGGGGCUCUGGUGUUUUCCCAGGGUGUGUUUGGUUUGGUGAUCACAUUUACAGGGCCUCACCAGCAUCCCUUGACUAUUCAACAUCCUAUAUGUUAAAAAGAAUGCCUUUGUGUAGCCAAUGGUAACUGUCCUACUUUUUAAGCUUUCUAUUUCAGUUGGAUAGUCGGAGACAUGAACGCUUCAUAGUAAUAUUCAUGAGUGCAGGAAUCAUGACUUUAUAGCAGUACAGCCAAUGUCUUGAACAAGACUACUGGUAAUUUUUGAGCAAUUCUUUUUUUUUUUACUUCAGCCAGAAAUAAAUAAUUUUGGAUUCAGGUCUGUAAGUGUUUCUCAAAUCGUCACCUCUUUCAUAUGAGGCUGUAGCUGACAUGCAGUGUGCAAAAUGGUUACAAAAAAACUGGUGUUGAACAGUACAUCUUAUAAUCAUACAAUUGACCAUAAUGCCAGUCAGUUGCCCUCUUUUUCCUUCUCAUGUGACCGAACAGUCUCAUGACCUUGACAGCAUACUCAGUCUUCACCAUGGACUUCUGUUCCUUCACAUUUGACCUGAUCGAUCUCUACAGGGCUUUGAGGAAAGGUGAACUCGGGUAACGCUUCUGUGAUUAACCGCCUGAAGGAUGUGCCAAAGACACCAGCACCAUCAGAGUGAUCCCAACCCGCUUCUCCAGAGCCACAGCCCAGCUUAGAUCCUGAUCCAGAUGUGUCACCUGUCAUCUGGAUCUCAGCUCCGUAACCGAGGCCAGGUGGGUGUGUGGCCUCUGUUUGAAACCUCCUCAGGCUCACAAUAGACAGCCUUCAACUGAGGCUUCACAUGAAAGACUCUAAACCCAGCUUGAACCUCUUCCGCAGCACUUUUAGCUUCUUAUCCAAGGGGGGAGACCUUUGUUACCUCCACCGACACCAGACAAUAUCUCUCACAGCUCGUGCGAGACGGCCUCCCCGAGGAAAGAUUCUCGUGAAAAAAUCGGAAUUGUGUGUGAGCAUUCCUCUCCUUGUCAGGGGUCGUUCAGGAUCCCCGUUCAUCUGCAGCCGGAUCUCUGCUUUCACUACAACACUCUCUCCCCUUCGGGCGCCUCCAGGGCCCUUGACAGAAAGACCUAAUCAUCAAUGAUUGUUUCUUUCUUUGCCAAGCAGCUUAGCUGUGUCUCCUGCUUCCCAGGCUGUGCUCAGCGUGACUCCGCCCCUGGUGGAGGUGUGGAGACGAAGGUCCAGAGGGAGCCAUUACCGAGCAGCACUGUGCCUUCCUGCGUGUCACCCCCAGGGCUGGAGGGCACUUCUAAUGAGAAGGAGCUCACAUCGCACAGCCCAUGAACACACGCUUGGUUAGCUUCAGCAGGGUGUUGACCUAACUCAGACUCAGGGCACUGUGGUUACCCAGGAGUCGCAAACAACAGGGCUUCUUUACAGACAUGUCCAAAUGCUUUGUGUUUCACAAUGCAGCUUGAUUGGAAAGCAUUUGCGAAGGUAGCCAAGCCUCCUGGAAAGAUUUGAAACUGUCAUUGAAAGUAUUGGUUGGAAAAAGACUGGUCCAAAGAGGGAAUGCAAUCAGUGACUCAAUAAUGCAACAGUGUACAUGUGUGUACUGUGUAGCAUGUAGCCUAUAUGUGAUGCUGCCUGUCUUUGGCAAUUUGUCACCCCAGCUCUGGUGAUUAUAUUGUGCACAGAAUAUGUGGCAUCAGCAGAAUGCUUGUUGAUGUUCUGCUGGCUGUGGGCAGGGACAGUGUCCUCAUGGAGUCAUUAGAUCAAUGAACCAAAUGUUGGAAUCAAAUGUUUGUUGAGAUGAAAUCGAGCCUUUAAAAAAAUCCACCGACUCAGCACAAUGUUUACUGUUUUGAUGGAGAAAUAAUGUUCAUCCACAAGAAUAUUCUCAGAUUUGACCGAUGAUUAAAAAAAAAUGAACUGACAGCAUUCUGUCCAGGAUUUCAGUCAGAAUCUAAUCAAGAACAGACCUACAUAUUCAACAACUUUUUAGAACUAUCUUUAAAUGAAGCAAAGCAAUGUUUUCCUUCAGUAUUCUUAAACCACAAUACUUAAGUACAUUCUUGGCAUGUUACACAAGUACACCAGAAAACAAAAUCUCCAGAUUUGUGUAAAUUGUGCCACAGAAACCCAAUUCACCCAUGUCACAGUUUCAGGAUUGUAUUAAUAACACCAAUAAUGGCCUAAUGAUUUUUGCU